GUGAGACGCUCCUCUUUCGCUAUCGCUGUUCGACAGGCAGACCUGAUGAGAAAAAUGUGUCAAUUUCUUUUUGGCAGAUUGCUCAUGUUUUCAUCGUCGCGUUGUUCAUUGCAGCAAGCGCCGUCGCCGGUCCUUGCACUCCCCGCUUACCUAUUUCCAACCGCGAUUAUACAAACCCAGCGCUUGGACCAAUUGACGCGCUCAACAACCCUGUGCUCUUCGCUUUCCGCAACAGAACCAACUUCCAAGCACUUGUAGCGGCGGCUGGCUCAUGUAACCCAGGCAAUUUCUUCUGUGCUCCCAAUUGGUGUUGUGCCGAUGGGAAUGUUUGCUGCACAGAUGGAAGCGGGUGUUGUCAGCAUGGUUCUUACUGUUAUCAAAAUGGUUGCAUUCCGAACGGUGGGACCCCCUGUGGUACCGGUCACUAUUGCCAACCAGGAAAAUCAUGCUGUCAGAAUGUCGGUUGCUGCGACCCAGGGUAUUCAUGCGGACCUGACACCUCUUGUUAUCCAUCUGCGACGAGGACUAUUACGAGGACUACUACGUCGACCACUACGUCUACGACUACUACUUCACACCCAGGAGUACCUUGCGGAACUGGAUAUUGCAAUCCAGGCUAUUAUUGUGCUGACAAUGGUUGCAUUCCGAACGGUGGGACCCCCUGUGGUUACGGUCAUUAUUGCCAACCAGGAAAAUCAUGCUGCCAGAAUGUCGGUUGUUGUGACUCAGGGUAUUCAUGCGGACCUGACACCUCUUGUUAUCCAUCUACGACUACGACGACUACGACGAGUACUACGACGACUACUUCGUCUACGACUACUACUACAAACCCAGGAGUACCUUGUGGAACUGGAUAUUGCAAUCCAGGCUAUUAUUGUGCUGACAAUGGUUGCAUUCCGAACGGUGGAACCCCCUGUGGUACUGGCCAUUACUGCGAACAGGGAUUAACAUGUUGCCAACCCGGUGUCAGCUGCUGCAAUCGAGGAUACUCAUGCGGAUCGGAUGGUACUUGUUAUGCAAGCACUUCAACUAUUACGACCACGACUACUACCACGACUACUACCACCCCUACCUCUACCUCCACCACCUCCACCACUUCUUCUACUACUACCACCUCUACGACAGCUACUACCACUUCCAUCAUUCAGACCUCUACGACCACUGCCCCUACUU